AUGAAGCCCUGCUCACAUCAUCUCCUCUCGCUGUCAGGCUGCAGGGGCUCGGAGGCCGAGCACCGGCUCUACCAGGCCCUGUUCGAGAACUACAACCAGUUUGUGCGGCCGGUGAGGAAUGUCUCAGAGCCCGUCAUCAUCCAGUUUGAGGUGUCCAUGUCGCAGCUGGUGAAAGUGGACGAAGUGAACCAGAUCAUGGAAACCAACCUGUGGCUGAAGCACAUCUGGAAUGACUACAAGCUUCGGUGGAACCCGGGCGACUAUGGAGGUGCUGAAUUCAUCCGCGUGCCCUCAGGCCAGAUCUGGAAGCCAGACAUCGUUCUGUAUAACAAUGCUGUUGGCGACUUCCAGGUUGAUGACAAGACAAAGGCUCUAUUGAAAUACACAGGUGACGUGACCUGGAUACCUCCGGCUAUAUUUAAAAGCUCAUGUAAAAUAGAUGUAACCUACUUCCCUUUUGACUAUCAGAACUGCACCAUGAAGUUUGGUUCCUGGUCUUAUGAUAAAGCCAAAAUCGACUUAGUUUUAAUUGGCUCUACGAUGAACCUCAAAGAUUACUGGGAGAGCGGAGAAUGGGCUAUCAUUAAAGCUCCUGGGUAUAAACAUGACAUCAAAUACAACUGUUGUGAGGAGAUAUAUCCAGACAUCACAUACUCACUCUACAUUAGGCGUUUACCUUUAUUUUACACGAUCAACAUGAUUAUUCCAUGUCUGCUGAUUUCUUUUCUGACUGUCUUAGUAUUCUAUUUGCCUUCAGACUGUGGUGAGAAGGUGACACUCUGCAUAUCAGUCCUUUUAUCUUUAACAGUGUUCCUUCUUGUUAUCACAGAAACCAUACCUUCUACUUCUCUGGUAAUUCCCCUUAUUGGGGAAUACCUCCUUUUCACCAUGAUAUUUGUAACUCUGUCUAUUGUCAUUACGGUGUUUGUACUUAACGUGCACUACAGAACACCCAAGACGCACACCAUGCCCGUGUGGGUGAGAACCAUCUUCCUGAACUUACUUCCCAGGAUCAUGUUUAUGACAAGACCUGCCAGCGAGGAAGAGAAUAAUCAGAAGCCAAAGCCGUUUUACACCACUGAGUUUUCAAACUUGAACUGCUUCAACAGUUCGGAAACCAAAUGCAAAGACAGCUUUGUGUGUCAAGACACAGCAUGCAGCUGUUGUCAGUAUCAGCGGAUGAAGUUCUCAGAUUUCAGCGGCAAUCUCACAAGAAGUUCAAGCUCUGAAUCUGUAGAUCCUCUGCUUUCAUUUUCAGUUCUCUCACCAGAAAUGAGAGAUGCUAUUGAAAGUGUUAAAUACAUUGCAGAAAAUAUGAAAAUGCAGAAUGAAGCAAAAGAGAUUCAGGAUGACUGGAAAUAUGUCGCCAUGGUAAUCGAUCGCAUUUUUCUGUGGGUUUUCAUCCUCGUAUGUAUUCUAGGAACCGCAGGAUUGUUUUUACAACCUUUAAUGGUUGGAGAUGAAAUGUGA